AUGAGGCUGCGGGCGCGCGGUCCCCGGGCCUUCCCCGCCUCCAGCGCCGCGGCCAGCGUGGGGGCCGGCGACGCGCGGCGACGGGCGCCCCCGGGGCGGAACCCCUUCGUGCACGAGCUGCGCCUCAGCGCCCUGCGGAAGGCCCAGAUUGCCUUCAUGACUCUGACGCUCUUCCCCAUCCGGCUGCUGCUCGCUGUUACGAUGAUGCUGCUUGCGUGGCCCUUCACGUUCUUCGCUACGCUGGGAUCCUCAGAGAGGGAACCCGAACAGCCCCCGGCCAUGUGGCGGAAGGUUGUGGACAUCCUGCUCAAGGCCAUCAUGCGCACCAUGUGGUUUGCCGGCGGCUUCCACUGGGUUGUUGUGAAGGGGCAGCAGGCCUCGCCACCAGAGGCAGCCAUCCUCACCCUGGCGCCACACUCUUCCUACUUCGAUGCCAUUGCUGUCACCCUGACGAUGUCGUCCAUCGUGAUGAAGGCAGAGAGCAGAGAUAUCCCAAUAUGGGGAACGCUGAUAAAGUACAUACGGCCAGUGUUUGUGUCGCGGUCGGACCAGGAUUCCCGCAGGAAGACCGUGGAGCAGAUCAGAAGGCGGGCACAGUCAAAUGGGAAGUGGCCACAGAUGAUGAUUUUUCCAGAAGGAACAUGUACCAACAGGACCUGCCUAAUUACCUUCAAGCCCGGCGCCUUCAUCCCCGGGGUUCCCGUCCAGCCUGUGGUUUUACGAUACCCAAAUAAACUGGUAAGAGUGUUUUCCUGGGAUUCUGCGAAUUGCCUGGGCAUGAGGAUUUCCACUUGUUUCAGCGGGCAGCUUCUGGUCAGUCCCACUGUUCAGAACAGCUCAGUGUUUGUGCACAAAGUCCCAUCAUCAUGGGUCAUGGAGCGUCGGCCCUUCUUCCUGGCCGAUCAGUCCUGACGUGUCGACGCGAGACGUCCCCCGUGUCCUCAGCCACCCAUCUACCUGGGAGAUGUCAAGAGUGUUGAGGGUCUGAGGC